GUCACCCCUACACUUCAUUUUUUAUCUAUUUAAACCUUUUCUAAAGUUAUGUUGAAUUAAUCUCAUCGUAAGCCCACUGGCACAGAAGCGACUGAGAAAGGUCACGGUCCCUGGAUUCCUCUAGGAAGAAGUUCUGUCCGUUCUUGUCUAUCCUCAGUGCUUCGAUAUUGUGCUUGUGCGGAGCCAGAGAAAUGGGCAGGACAGAGACCUCAGAGCGUGUGACGUCACGAGUCCAUGGCACCGAGGGGGCAGUGGGGCUUGAAGAAGGAGGGUUGGGUCUGAGGACAAGUUUCUCACUCACCGAUUUAGACCUUAGGUAAGUCUUCCAACUGCUCCAGGCUCACUUUCUUCGCCUGUGAAUUGAGGACCAAUAAUGACAAUGGAAAGGACACUUCUGUCCCAAGGAAGCCAUGACAGUUCGAUAAAUUAAUGUGUGUGGAGGCACUUGAUCAGCCCUGAUGCCCUCUGCUACUGUGCAACGUUAAGCGCUCCUGCACGUUCAGGGGCAUGGGGUCACAGGGUCAACAUCGUGUCUGGAAUGCCACGCACGGAACCCGUGCUCAGUACGAAGAUACCAUGUCUUCUGCUGGCUGCAUUUCAAAAAGCAUAGUCAUCGCUCUGAAGCAGGAUAUAAACAUUAUUUUAGUUUUGUGUUUGUGUCACAGACCUCUCCAAGUGUCUGACAAAAUGCCUGACGCUUUCUCUCUCUCUCUCUCAAACCAACCAGCAAACAGAACAAAAGUCCGGCAAAAAUAAACCGUGCUGAUACACACAUCCAGGAACACUUCCCGUUCGGUGUCUGGGGUCUCAUCGUCUUCCUCUAAGAGCUGUCCCAGCUUCAGCAAAUGCCUGUGCUAGAGAUUUAGAGGCGUCAGUCCUCUGAGUAAAGAAGGGAGAGAAAUAGACUGAAUGGAGAAACGAACGUAAUAAUGACGUUUGCCAUUUGCCGGAGAAAGAUCCUAGCGGGGACAUCCCUGAGGUUCUAAUGUAUUCAAAUGAUGCUCUUGGAAAAGCAGUUGAUGCUUGAUCAUGACUAGUCUAUUGAAAUGAAAAUGUGUUCAAGCCGAAGGACGGGGGACUGCCCCGUGUACACGGCCACCCUCGGCUCACUAAGGCUUUUGUGCAGAAAGUUGUCCCGAUAUCUGAAUCCUCCUGUCUCCACAAUGGGCUGCUAUCCGGUAACGGUGGUGAGGUCUCGUUACGGCAGGGCGAGGCGCCUCCAGGACGCCCGCAUGCCUGCUCAGGGCCCAGCUUAUCGAAGAUCUGAGAGCCUCCUGCCAACGGCCCUGGCCGCGUCCACCCUGGCCUCUCUCAGGGGACUGGAUUUUACCCCAAGCAACACACGAUUUUUGGCUUCGUGGUGUUUCUGCAAAGGAGGAUUUCAUCUUGGAUGCGAGGCGUUCGGGACCAGAGCCAGCUCGGCCAAGGUGGAGAUGUGAAGGUCCGCGCCAAGAUCAAAUCGAACGGAGUGAGACCGCGUCCAGAAGUGGAAAACGAACAGGAAGGAAAACAGCUGAGCAGAAGCAGCUUUGCCGCGCUUUCCGCAUCCAGCUGGAGCCUUCGAUGGAAGAGCACGGAAGGUAUUUGCAUCCGGUGGUGCUUGAAGGCAGCCGGGGCCCUUGCUUUUAAACUCCCAGGGCACGUCCUCGUAUUCCCGGGUGGUUGAUGGCAUCUUGGUCAUUGGAUGUAAACGACCCCCCCACGAGAGAUGCCCCGGCUGCCCGCCUGACCGAGCCCACACUCUCCGGGAUUGCAGAGACCCGAGGCCUCCUGGAAGGCGGAUGGCGGGAGGCCCGUGCGUUGGCACCCCUGCCCCCAGCUAGAUCGAGUGGCAGGGCGCAGGCGGCUGGAAGGCACCCGCAGAGGGAAAUCGAGCACCAUGCUCAGAAAGCUGCACUCUCUCUUUAACCCCGGCCCGCAGAGGAAGGCGGAGGUGGCCGAGAGUGCCUUCUACGACCGAGCCGGCCCCGCGGUGAGGCUGACCCUCAGCAGCUCCAUGUACGUGGUGGGGGACCACGGCGAGACGUUCAGCGAGGCCUUAAAGAAAUACAAAAGCACCGGCAGCAUGGACACCAGCCUGUACUACCUGCAGCAGGAAGGGGACCGGGCGUGGAUGUACUCCCGCACCCAGGACUGUUUGCAGUAUCUGCAGGAGCUGCUGGCCUUGCGGAAGAAGUACCUCUGCAGCCUCCAGGACCUGAAGCCGCACGGCGCCCAGGGCGUCUCCUCUACCUCCUCCAAGUCUUCCAAGAGGGCGGAAAAGGCCCCUGGCCAGGCCACCUCCCAAGAAAGAAAGAAAGCAACCGCAAAGAAAUACUCCCAGUUCAGCGCGGAUGUGGCAGAGGCCAUGGCCUUCUUUGAUUCCAUCAUUGCAGAGCUGGAUACAGAGAAGCGGCCGCGGGCUGCCGAGGCGGACCCUCCCAAUGAGGAUGUGGACUUUGACGUGGCCACCAGCUCCCGGGAGCACAGCUUGCAUUCCAACUGGAUCCUGCGGGCACCACGCCGGCACUCUGAGGACAUUGCUGGGCACACCGUGCACGUGACAGAUGGCCAGUUUCGAAGGAGCGUGGAGCGCAGGACCUUCGGCACUCAGAGGAGGCUCGAGAGGCACCCCAUUUACUUGCCCAAGGCUGUGGAAGGGGCAUUCAACACCUUGAAAUUUAAGCCCAAAGCCUGCAAAAAAGACCUGGGGAGCCCCAGACAGAUCCUCCUCAACUUCUCAGGAGAAGACACGGAAUGGGAUGCAGAGCUCUUUGGCCUGGAGUCCCUGGUGUCUCCGGGGGAGGACUACCACGAGACAGAGAACCCCAAAGGGCAGUGGCUGCUUCGAGAGAAGCUGUGGGAGCGGACAGUGCCCUGAGGCCCUUCCGGCCA